CUGCCCCCCCUCCCCGCGGCGGGCGCCGUCGCCACGGCAACAGCGGCCGCCAUGAUCCCGCCGCCGGACUCGCUGCUGCGCUAUGACCCGCCGGUGCUCGUCAGGCGCCGCACGGAGAAGCGCUGCCCCGGGGCCGGGCCAGGCCGCCCGCCGGCGGCCAGUGCCUCCCGCGCUCCGCAGCCCGGGCCGCUGAGGGGGACGCCGGGGGCCGCCGCCGCCCAGCAGCCGCAGGAGCUCCUCAACGCCAUCCUGCCGCCGCGGGAGUGGGAAGAGGAGCAGCAGCGCUGGGUGCAGGAGGUGUCCAGCGCGCCCAGCACCCGCCUGGAUGUCAUCCAUCUCCAGGAGCAGCUGGACCGGCGGCUGCGGCAGCGGCAGGCGCGGGAGACCGGCCUGUGCCCGGUGCGCAGGGAGCUCUACGGGCAGUGCUUCGAUGAAUUGAUCCGUGAAACUACAAUUAACUGCGCAGAGCGAGGACUAUUGCUGCUUCGAGUCAGGGAUGAAAUCCAAAUGACAAUUGCUGCUUAUCAGACAUUGUACGAGAGCAGCGUUGCGUUCGGCAUGCGGAAGGCACUACAAGCUGAACAAGGCAAAUCUGACAUGGAAAAAAGAAUUGCAGAGUUAGAAGAGGAAAAGCGAGAGCUGGAAAGACAAGUGAGUGAACAGAAAGCCACGUGUGAAGCUAUUGAAAAACGUGAACGUGAAAGGCAACAGAUAGAUGAAAAGAAACACGCUGAAGAGGUUCAGUUCCUGAAACAAAUGAAUCAACGGCUGAAGGCCCAACUUGAAAGCAUCAUUGCACGAAAUAAGUAGAUUUUUUUGUUAUCCUCCAGGCAGUGCUCAGAAUUGCUGUCAGAGCAAGAAGUUUGCAAUUAGUGACAAAGACUUAUCUUCAUAAAACAAUCUUGAAUUUUUGCUUACCAGUAACUGAAGGCAGCAUAGUUGUGUUUCUUUUUCUCUUGAAGAUUUUAAAUUCAAAACCUUAAUUACUGUGCCCACUUUUCAAUGCCAUCUCAGCAUUUAACUCCUUAAAUAGCAAACCUGUCUGGUAUUGCCUGCAGGCAAUAUGCUAGGUGACCUUCAAAGCAAUAAACUAAUAAAACAUUUUUAUGUGCAAACAUCUUUGUAACAUUAUUACUUUGAAAAUGUAGAAAAUUCAGAAACCAUAUACAAAGUGUCUACAAUAAAUGUAAGUCACAUUCACAAAGAAUGAAACUGCAGGUAAUUGUUGGAUGGGUGUUUGGAGGGUAUUUCCUUGAGUAUGUGCAAGUCGUACCUCAAAAUCCUGUCAGAGCCGUCAGCAGUAGCCUAUGAACAGCACCAAAGCUCUCUACGUGGUUAUUUCAGAGGAAACAAAGGGGAUGAUGCCAUUCCACUUCUCAUGGGAAGCAAAUGAAAUCUUUACUUGAGGUACCUGUAUAAGUAGCUGGUUAUACACAGCAAGCAGACAUGGGAAAGAUAUCACUGUAGUCAUAUGAAGAACUCCAUGAAGUUAGUUUCCAGAAAAAAAACCACCCAGCCCAAACCAAAAAAACC